AUGUGUCCACAGGGCUUUUUAGUCCACAUACCUAUCAACACAUAUUGUAUGUACAAAGAGUUCUUCAUAUUUUAGAUUGUAACUCCCCCCCCCAAAAAAAAACGUGUUGUUAUAUGUAAUGUCAUUGUAAACCGUUUGUGUUUGUGUUCCUGUGUUACAGUGAAGGAGGAGUGUGGCUCAGAAGAGGAGGAUGAGGAGGAGGAGGAGGAGGAGGAGGAGGAAGAGGAGGAGGGAAAGGAUGCUCUGGUAGAGGAGGUGCUCCAGCAGGGAGACACGGCGGUCAUCUACCCCGAGGCUCCAGAUGACAAACAGAAAAGCACGCCUGAGAGAGGGGUCCCAGAGAAGAACGGUAGGCUACAUCACUGCACCUUUCACAACUCAACACUUAUUGAGACCCUCAUACUAUUGCUAUCUUUGGCCUGCGUCCCAAAUGUUACCCUAUUCCCAAUGUAGUACAUUACUUUUGACCAGGCCGCAUUUAAGUAGUGUACUAUGUAGGGAAUAGGGUGCCAUUCGGAACGUAUUCUGAGACCCUCGUAAUUGAGACCCUUAUAGAGCUUCUGAGUUUGAGGCACCAAUAUAUCUUCUUUGUUUUAUAGUCUUAUGUAUUUUCCUCCUCAGUCCCAGGCACGCCAGACACCCUCUCUCAGCUCCUGACCUGUCCGUACUGCUCACGGGGCUACAAGCGCUACACGGCCCUGAAGGACCACAUCAAGCUACGGCACGAGAAGAGUGAGGACAGCUUCAGCUGCUCUCAGUGCAGCUACACCUUCACCUACCGUACACAGCUGGAUUGUCAUAUGACCCAACACAAGGAUCCUGUACAGGUAGGCACCUGUGUGUGUGUGUCCAUGUCCCUGUCCCUGUCCCUGUCCCUGUCCUUCUCUGUUCCUGUCUCUGUCCCUGUCUCUGUUCCUGUCUCUGUCUCUAUCCCUGUCUCUGUCCCUGUCUCUGUCCCUGUCUUGGUUUCUGUCUCUGUCCCUGUCUCUGUUCCUGUCUUGGUUUCUGUCUCUGUCCCUGUCUCUGUCCCUGUCCCUGUCUCUCUCCCUGUAUCUUCUCUGUCUCUGUCCCUGUUGCUGUCUCUGUCCCUGUCUCUCUGCCUGUAUCUUCUCUGUCCUUGUCCCUGUCCCUGUAUCUUCUCUGUCCCUGUCCCUGUAUCUUCCCUGUCUCUGUCCCUGUCUAUGUCCCUGUAUCUUCCCUGUCCCUGUCUCUGUCCCUGUAUCUUCUCUGUCCCUGUCUCUGUCCCUGUCCCUGUAUCUUCCCUGUCUCUGUCCCUGUCUCUGUCCCUGUCCUGUCCCUGUAUCUUCCCUGUCUCUGUCCCUGUCUCUGUCCCUGUAUCUUCCCUGUCUCUGUCUUCUUCCCUGUAUCUUCCCUGUCUCGCUCUGUCUCUGUUCUUCCCUGUUCUUCCCUGUCUCUCUCUGUUCUUCUGUCCCUGUCUCUGUCCCUGUCUCUUCCUGUUCUGUCCCUGUCUCUGCGUGUCCUGUUCUGUCCCUGUCUCUGUCCUUCUGUCGUCUCUGUCCUGUCUCGUCCUGUAUCUGUCCCUGUCUCUGUCCUGUCCUUCUGUCCCUGUCUCUGUCCCUGUCUCUCUGCCUGUGCUCUGUUCUCCUGUCUCUGUCCUGUCUCUUGCUGUGUUUCCUGCGUCUCUGUUCCCUGUCUCUGUCCCUGUCUCUGUCCCUGUCAUCUGUCCUGUCCCUGUCCCUGUCCUGCUGUCUUCCUGUCUCUGUCCUGUCUCUGUCCUCCUGUCUCUGUCCCUGUCUCUGUCCCUGUCUCUCUGCCUGUAUCUUCCCUGUCCCUGUCCCUGUGUCCCUGUCUCGUCCCUGUCCUGUCCCUGUCCCUGUCUCUGUCUCUGUCCCUGUCUCUGUCCCUGUCUCUGUCCCUGUCUCUCUGCCUGUAUCUUUCCCAGAUUUCCUGCCUAUUCCCUCCUCAUUCCAGGAAUCUUCCAACUGGGAUUUCUGGAAAACCUGGUGGUUUUGGGAUAGUUACCAGUAUUUUGCAACCCUAAUGCUUUCAUUGCUGGGGCUCAGUCCCCUGGCAGACUGCCUGGGUCAUUAACAUACUAUAGAAUGGGCAGUCCUCCCACUGACAAUCAUUAGUGUGAUAUAAAUAUAAAUACCUGAAUGUUUAUCUGCUCCUGUUGAAUACAUUUUCUUUAUGGAUUUCUGUUUUGCAUUACAAUUCAUCAUUUUGUCAUAACCCAAACCUAGCUUUAUCACUGUCUGCUGACAAACAGGCACAAAGUAACCUCUGUUUAGAUAAUCAAUGCGUUUUGGAAUGCUUUUAUUGAUGUGAUCCAUUGGAUUAUGAGGCAAAGGAUCAGAGACGAUGCAUCCCAAAUGGCAACCUAUUUUCUUUUUAUGCACAACAACAGUGAAAAUGUACACUGAUCCGUUAAAUAUUUAUGCCAAAUCUUUUAUCAGCUUUAUUUGAAUUCUCCCUUUAGCCUGUUCUUUGAUGAAGCAAUUUGAUUAAUGUGUCUGUAUUUCAAAUAUGGCUAUUUCUUUUACUGCUUUACUGGGAAUUAACAGUAACAAGAGAGUACUCUUUAGACAGGGUGCUGUUGUGACAUUACAAACAUCCCCAUCCCAUGCACAACAAACCAUUAACUACACUGUAUCCAUUUAAUGACUGAAGAGUCCUCACUCACCGCUGUCUGUCUUUCUGUCUGUCCUAUCUGUCUGCCAGCGUCAUGUACCCCAGACCACCACCACCACAACAACAACAGGGGGGAACAGGAAGUUCAAGUGUACUGAGUGUUCCAAGGCUUUUAAAUAUAAGCACCACCUGAAGGAGCACCUUCGCAUCCACAGCGGUGAGUAAAAAUUAGCAUCACCCCGGUCGCCAUUGGCAACACACACACUUCGUCAUCAUGACUCAUACCCACUGGGCACAGACGUCAUUUCAAUGUAAUUUCAUUGAAAAUGGCGUGGAAACAACAUUGAUUCAACCAGUGUGUGCCCAGUGGGUAGUGUCUGCAUCCAAAAUGGUACCCUAUUCCUGACCGGACCCCUGUAGAGGGCUAUUUAGGAGGCAGACACUGCGACUCACCUAUAUUCACGCUGGUGGUCCAGAUGUACCGAACUCACCCUUUUCUCCUUUCAUAUGUUUAGAUUAUGCAGCUCUGUCAUUUCAAACUCUUGAUUAUAAUCAGUGUUGAAUCUGUGCUCCUGGCCAAUGUGUCAUCAUUCUGUUGCUAUUGGCUUCAGGGGAGAUUAUUACCUCAGCCUGUUUGUUAACGAUAGGUUCACCUGAGUCCCAAAUAGCACCAUAUUCCGACAGGGCUCUGGUCAAAAGUAGUGCACUAUAUAGGUAAUAGGGUGCCAUUUGGGACACAACCUCAGCUGUUCAGCUGUUUCCUUAUUUGAUUACAAAAAAAAUAUAUAUCUCUUUCUUCGCAGGAGAGAAGCCAUACGAGUGCCCCAACUGUAAGAAGCGUUUUUCCCACUCAGGGUCCUACAGCUCCCACAUCAGCAGUAAGAAAUGUGUUGGCAUGGUGCCUGUCAACGGCACCCCCCGCCCAGUCAUCAAGGUCUCCAACCAGACCCCCAGCCAGACCCAGCCCUCUGGCCCCACCGCGGCCCCCGUCCGAGUGCUCCUCCGGGGGGAGAAGACAGACGGCAAGCCCCUGCAGGAGCAGCUCCCCCACAACCAGAUAAAAUCUGAGCCAGUGGACUAUGAGUGCAAGCCGGUGGCGGUGGCUCCUAACGGGGCGGCGGGGACUAACGGCACGGUGUUUAACGGCGGCGUGGUGCUACCCCAGGGCAUGGCGUUGCCUCAGGGCAUGGUCCAGGCGGUGGUACUGCCCACCAUGGGUCUAAUGUCUCCAAUCAGUAUUAACCUCAGCGACCUGCAGAACGUGCUCAAGGUUUGAUUUGAUUUAUAAUUGUUUUAAUAACCCAUAUAUUUGAUCAUUUAUGGAUACAAUGCAUUUUAAAGGAUCUCUUUACUCAAAAAGUUCACUGUUGAUAUGGUCCUAAACGUUGCAUGUCAGCAGUAAAGUUUUAAAGUGUGAUGAUGCAAAAUGAGGAUAACAACUUAGUUCCAUGGUGGUCCUCUUAUAUCCAAGGUGGCCAUGGAUGGGAAUGUGCUGCGUCAGGUGCUGGGGACGGCCAACGGGCUGGUGACCUCCAAGCAGGGGUUUGUGACACAGGCUGGGCAGCAGGUCAUCUCAGCCAUCAGCCUGCCUGGCUUCGUCGACCAGGACGGAACCACCAAGAUCAUCAUUAACUACAGCCUGGAGCCAAGCCCAGCCCAACAGCCCACCGCCCCUCAGCUCCUCAAGAAGGAGGCUCCCCCUCCCACCACCAACACCGCCAGUACCACAAACACACAGCCAGCCUCCAAAGUAACAGAGAAACUCCCCCAGGACCUAAGCAUCGACAAGACCGAGCCGACCGACUCGGAGUGCGAGUCUGAGAAGGAGAAGGAGAAAGAGAUGGAGACGGAGGAGACAGAGACUGAAGCAGAGCAGACUGAAGCUGAGACACCAAAAGCCCAGACAGGCAAGACAGGGUGUCUGCUGUGUGACAACUGUCCUGGUGAUUUGGAUGCACUGCACAUGCUCCAGCAUUGUAAACCUGCCAAUGGGGAGGGAGGUGACGACGGCCCCCUCGACCCCUCCAUCGCCGCCCUCCUGGCCGAGGCAGGGAUAACACCAGGCCAGCACCCUCUAAAGAACCUACUCUCCCUCCUCAAGGCCUACUUCACCUUAAACGCAGAGCCCACCGAGGAAGAGCUGGCCAAGAUCUCUGACAAUAUCAGCCUGCCCGUGGACGUGGUCAAGAAGUGGUUUGAGAAAAUGCGGUCUGGUCAGAUCACGGUCGGACCCCCUGGUUCCUCUCCAGAUGACUCUGGACUUUCAGAUCCCAGCACAGAGACCCAGGUUGCCCAAGAGAAGAGUGGGACAGAGAUAGAGGAGCAGCCUGCCUCAGCCCAAACACAGGAGAUAUCAUCUUCCCAACCUCCCAGCAGUUCCCCUGCCUCGACCUCCUUGUCCCCCUCGGUCUCAGCCUCGGCCCCCUCACCACUAAACCUCUCCUCCAGCGGCCCGGUCAUCGUGAAGACUGAGGACGACUCGGAGCGCGAGGCUCAAGAUCUUCCCCUGGACCUGUCCCUUCCCAAACAGCCCCAGUCACAGCCCCAGGUCCCCCAUGUCCCCCAGGAGCAGCCCCUCAACCUCACCUGCCUGAAGGAGACACUCCAGCCCCAAGCGCAGCUCCCAGGCUUCCAGGGAACCACCAACACCAUCUACGUCACCUCCUCCCCCCAAACUGCCAUUUCCAGCCCAGUGAACAUCAUGAGCACCCAGCUAGUAGCCAUCACCAACCAGGGCACCGGCACCACCAAACGGACUAUCCUCAUCCCCCAGCUCACCUAUACAUACACUACUACAGCAGCAGGCAGUGGCGCCGCCGGGGCCCAGAAGACCGUCAUACUCAACGGCUGCCAGGUUGGUUUGUAACAGAGCUAUUCAGAAUAUAUGAUUGAUUAUGUGCAAGAAGACAAUGUUAAGAGAUAGGUAGUGUGGAAAGAAUGCACUGUUAGUUUCCCCUAGCUUCCUGCUUCAGCUUUACUGACUAACCUGACUAACCCAGCCCUCAGGAGUCAGCCUGUAUCUCAAAUAGUACCCUAUUCCAUAGGUCUCUAGUCAAAAGUAGUACAGUAUGUAGGGAAAAGCAUGGCAUUUGGGACGCAUCCUUACUCUGCCUGUGGAGAAAAGAAAGCCGUCCUGGCUCAAUGGUUCGGGCUCCCUCUAGUCUUCCCUGUUAUCUAAUACUACAUUAGAGCUGCCGCAGCCUGGAGUUGAGUUGGAUUCCUCCUGGAAGACUCCGGGGACCGUGUGUGUGUGUGUGUGUGUGUGUGUGUGUGUGUGUGUGUGUGUGUGUGUGUGUGUGUCUGUGUGUGUGUGUGUGUGUGUGUGUGUGUGUGUCUGUGUGUCUGUGUGUGUGUCUGUGUGUGUGUGUGUGUGUGUGUGUCUGUGUGUCUGUGUGUGUGUGUGUGUGUGUGUGUGUGUCUGUGUGUGUGUCUGUGUGUGUGUGUGUGUGUGUCUGUGUGUCUGUGUGUGUGUGUGUGUGUGUGUCUGUGUGUCUGUGUGUGUGUCUGUGUGUGUGUGUGUGUGUGUGUGUAAGCAGAAUGAAUCCUCCAACGUAUGUUAAUACGUGUGAGCAGCUCACAGCACAGCGUCUGUCUGAAAGCCCACGUGGGUGUCAGUGUCUGACAGGUGUGGCAGAGAGAGCUCUCUAAGUUACUCCUGGUGUGGCAGAGAGAGCUCUCUAAGUUACUCCUGGUGUGGCAGAGAGAGCUCUCUAAGUUACUCCUGGUGUGGCAGAGCAGAGAGAGCUCUCUAAGUUACUCCUGGUGUGGCAGAGAGAGCUCUCUAAGUUACUCCUGGUGUGGCAGAGAGAGCUCUCUAAGUUACUCCUGGUGUGGCAGAGAGAGCUCUCUAAGUUACUCCUGGUGUGGCAGAGAGAGCUCUCUAAGUUACUCCUGGUGUGGCAGAGAGAGCUCUCUAAGUUACUCCUGGUGUGGCAGAGAGAGCUCUCUAAGUUACUCCUGGUGUGGCAGAGAGAGCUCUCUAAGUUACUCCUGGUGUGGCAGAGAGAGCUCUCUAAGUUACUCCUGCUGGGAUUUUUAGAACUGAUCUCUCCUCACAUAAAAACGUUUGACAGUGGAAACACUGUGUUUAAAUUAAAUAAAUUAGGAUUAUUAGGGGUAACCUAUUGUUUUUGAUGGAAUUCUUCUCCCUAAUAACAUUAUUAUUAUUAUGAUAAAAAAAAUCUGUAUUUUGCUUGGACAGGAGGAGAAGUCUGCCACCAGCUCAGAGGAGCAGAACAACUCGGACUCUUCCCCUCCGCAGAAGAAGAUGCGUCGGCUAGAGAGCGGGAUGUACGCCUGUGACCUGUGUGACAAGAUCUUCCAGAAGAGCAGCUCCCUGCUCAGGCAUAAAUACGAACACACAGGUAAACAAUAUGGCCACUGGCUGCGGAUCCAUUGGGUCAGGGGCCGUAUCUAUCAAGCGUCUCAGAAGCCUUGUGUAGACCUGGCGCUAACGUGUCCUUUGUCCUGAUAUUGUGCACAUUCUGAUCGAGCCCACAUUUUCAGAAAUGUGUCUACAUGUGAUAUUAAAAUAUGUCUGUUAUCCGUCCACUGUAUCCGCAUUGUGACCAGAUUUCCUGGUCCCUUCCUGUAUGCAAAUUAUUUGACAGCUAUUCUUUCAAAAUAAUAUUUAUUUAUUUUAAGACACAUAUAGAUGCCAUAAGUCAAUGGUGCCACCUGUCAAUGAUUUAGAAGGUGGGAUAAUGAGGAUUUAAAUGGUUUCAUUGUCCAGAUUCGUCAACACUUGUAAGAUAUCCAGACACGCUGCGUGCCUGACUACCUCCAGAUGUGGGCAGGAAGAUCUGAUCACAAUUAGACCACAAUGCAUCUUUUAACCGUCUACACCUGUCUGAAAAUGUGGGCACAAUCAGAAUGUACACAAGAUCGGGACAAAGGAUGCAUGUAUAACCAGGUAUAAACGGGGCUAUAGUUGUAGUGCUGAUUUAGGAUCAGUUUUGCUUUUUAGAUCACAAUAAAUAAGAUUACGCGGACAGGGAGGACAUGAUCCUAGAUCAGCACUCCUACUCUGAGAUGUUUGAUACAUACGGCCCCUGGUGUGGUGGAAUUAUUUUUGUAUUCCUUUUUAAUGAGAGCUGCCUGCCUUAUACCACUCCUUCUCAUCUGCACUAUGAGACAUUACUUCACUUGCAUGAUAUGAAUGGGGAUAACAUUGACAGGCAUUUAAAAGACCAAGGGCUCUAUUCAAUCCGUAUCGUGGAAGUUAAGUGUUACAGCGUGAUUGAAAUUUGAAAGCAAUCUUCCCGCGUUAGCGGAGACUGCAUUCACGGUAAACCAGGGGCAGGCAACUAAAUUCAGCCUCGGGACGAUUUUUGUCGGAGUGGAUGGUCGGGGGGCCAGAACAUAAUUAUAGUAAUUUGCACACUGCAAAUUGACCAUAACUAAGCCCAAAAAGAGAUUGUAUUUGAAAAUAACAAUCAUUAAAUACCUUGAUUACAUUGAGACACAAUCACAUCUUUUUUUUAAUUUUUCUUGUGAAUACUUGGUGAACAGAUUUCCUAAAUUAAACAAAUUUUUUGCUGAAUUCCUGGUGAUUUUUGUCUUUUUUUUAACCCAAAAGUAUAUAUAGAUUAUUAUUUUUUGUUGCUAAAAAUGUUUAGGGGCCCAAACAAAACUUGUGUGCCAGUUUUGGGCCGCGGGCCGUCUGUCGCCGACCCCUGCGUAAAUGCUGAAUAUGUCGGCUCAAUCGGAAAUGACCUUCAGCUUUGAAUAGAACCCUAUGGUUUUUACCUGCCUACUGCUUUCGUUAUAGAGAACCCAGGUUGCUUCUUCCCUGAAUCUGGUAUAACAGCCUAAUAUCGUCCUCUUAAACAGCCAAGCUAACAUCCUCUUAAACCACCUAAUGUCCCCUUAAACCACCUAAUGUCCUCUUAAACCACCUAAUGUCCUCUUAAACCGCCUAAUGUCCUCUUAAACCACCUAAUGUCCUCUUAAACCACCUAAUGUCCCCUUAAACCACCUAAUGUCCUCUUAAACCGCCUAAUGUCCUCUUAAACCACCUAAUGUCCUCUUAAACCACCUAAUGUCCUCUUAAACCACCUAAUGUCCUCUUAAACCGCCUAAUGUCCUCUUAAACCACCUAAUGUCCUCUUGAACCACCUAAUGUCCUCUUAAACCGCCUAAUGUCCUCUUAAACCACCUAAUGUCCUCUUAAACCACCUAAUGUCUUCUUAAACCACCUAAUGUCCUCUUAAACCACCUAAUGUCCUCUUAAACCACCUAAUGUCCUCUUGAAACACACAUGAAUUAUUGCUUAUGAGAUGCGUGUGUGGCCACUGGCUCAACCCCCUUUGAUUCGAUUUGGCGUUAAUGGCUCUGGGAUGUGUCCCAAAUGACAACCUAUUCCCUAUAUACUGCACUUCUUUUGACCAGAGACCUAUAGGAAAUAGGGUGCAAUUUGGGACGCACCCCUGGCCUGGCUCAGGACAAGCAGGCAGAGUCCAAAUGAUUUUUGAAAGGGGCUAGAGGGUUGUUUAACGGCCCGUUGGAUGGGCCCAGUUGAACUUCGUCCCAAAUGGCACCCUAUUCCCUUUAUAGUGUACUACUUUUGAUGAGGGCCCAUAGGGCACAGGUCAAAAGUAGUGCACUAUAUAGGGAAUAUGGUGCCUUUUGGAACACAACCCUCAUCUCUUCUUCCUGGGUUCAAUGAGAACCAGGUCCAGAAUAACAUAUCAGCAUCAGGCAGCUAGUUUGAUCUCCAUCUCCACAUAUUUUCCUAUUGCAACAGACCUGCUAGAAUCCUUUUAGGGGGAUUUUCUUGAGUGUUUUAUAUCAUUGUGAGAGUUUUUGUUAUGCUAUUGUUUCCACAACAAGUGCCGUUGGUUUCACAGUUAGUAAGUCUGCAGGCAGGUCAGUGAUUGUAGAAAGUGACACCAGGCAGGCUGCCUGGGUCCAGAACUAAUGUAAUGGUAAAAGCAGUUCACACACACACACACACACACACUCACACACACACACACACACACACACACACUGCAAAUCAAGAGUAAUGGGUUUCGGAUUGAUUUCUGUUGUAAUGGCUGGUUGAGUUUGAAAUAGUUUGAAACACUGAACCCUCCUGUGUUUCUGUUUUCAGGAAAACGGCCACAUGAGUGCGGCAUCUGCGACAAAGCCUUCAAACACAAGCACCACUUGAUAGAACACACGCGACUGCACUCCGGAGAAAAGCCCUACCGCUGUGACAAGUGUGGCAAGUGUUUCUCCCACUCGGGCUCCUACAGCCAGCACAUGAACCACCGAUACUCCUACUGCAAGAAGGAGCCCCAGGGAGGGCGGCAGGGGGGACGUCAGCUCGGCAUGAGCCCUGAAAUGAGCCCCCAAACAGAGGAGCAGCAGUCAGACAGCCGUCCCACCUCCCCACCUUCCCAACUGGACUCAGACGAGAGGGAGAGUGAGGAAGAGCUGGAGGAAGAGGAGGAGGAAGAGGAGGAAGAGGGCAUGGCGGCCAUGAGCAUGGACGACAUACGGGUGGUGCAAGUCGGUGAGGAUGACGAGGAGAGUGAGAUUUACGAGGUGGAGGAGUUUAGGGAGGAGAGGAAAGAGGAGGAGGAAGAGGAGGAGGAAGGGAGCAGAGAGAAAGAGGAGGAGGAGGAAGGGAGCAGAGAGGAAGAGGAGGAGGAAGGGAGCAGAGAGAAAGAGGAGGAGGAGGAAGGGAGCAGAGAGGAAGAGGAGGAGGAGGAGGAGGAAGAGGAGGGGGUACAGCAGAAGCAGGUAUGUGAAGAAGAGCAGGAUGAGGAAGGGAGGAGAGAGGAGGAGGAGGUUUGUAAAGAGGAGUCUCUACAGCAGGAGGAUGUGUGUGAGGAAGAGGAGGUGAUGGAGGUACAGGUGAUGGGAGGUGUAGAGGAGGAAGAGGAGGAGGAAGGAGUGGCAGAGAAGGAAACCAUAGUAACAGAGGAAGCUAUGGAAACGGAGGACAAAGAACCGCAUGUGGACAAGGAGGACAUCCCGACGGAGGGGUUGGAAAACGGACAGAAAGAAACAGAGGAAGACAAGAUGAACGGUGAAUGA